GCGAAGCCCUCAGUGAGGUGAACGGUUGCCGACGUGACUCUUCGGUUCGGCACGGUUGGCCGGCGAACGACGGAACGUUGUCGAGCAGUCGCGCGAGCGAGGCGAUCGACAGUGUGCCAAGAGGUAGUAUGGCCGUGUGAUGCGACUGUUUGUUCGUGGCGCUUCGCGCGUCGACGUCGUCAUCGUUGUUGUCGUCACCGUCACGUAAGAGACAGCUGAGAAAGCAGCGACGCGGCUGGAGCAGCCGAAUCCAAAAUGUGGAGUCCGACGCAUGUUCAAGUGACAGUUCAGAGAGCCAAGGAUUUACUGACCAAAGGAAAGCACAAGACCAACGACUGUUUCGUGACGAUCGCCCUCGGCAAGGAAAAGUACCAGACGUCGGUGAAGGAGAAGGCUGUCAAGGACGUGGAAUGGCACGAGGAAUGCGAGCUGCUGAUUCCGGAACAGGGUAACACCGCGGAAAUCAUCCUCACCGCCCUGCACCGUAACUUCCUGGGUGUCGACGAGUUCCUCGGCACGAUCAGCAUACCCCUCUCGAGCUUCGACGUGUACGAGAGGCCCAGAAACAGAUGGUACGCCCUUAACAGCAAACCAGGCAAGGAGAACACGAAAGAGAGAGGCGAACUCGAGGUGAAGAUCGGCUUCAUCGUGAAAGCUGGAAGCCUGACCGACCUGACGAGAAAGGAGCGUCACAAAAGCUCGCUGGGCCAGCUGUCGACCGCCGCGCAAUCGAUCGGCGGUAGUUUAUUGAGCAUCGGUAGUCUUGAGAAACGCAAGGGCCUUAAGAAGCUGGCGAAAUCGAUCGGGAACAAAGUCAAAGGCAAGAGUAAGAAUCGACUUGACGCCGACAACCUCGACGAGAAGGAGGAACACCAGUUUGGCAGGAUUACUCGGCAGGAACCGGGCGAAGCUGAUCCUGGAGUUAUUAGCGAGGAUGAAGAUGAGUUUACGUUCGACGAUUUGUCUCACAAGAGCUCGGCCUCGUCCCUGAAUGCACCCGUGCCAGGUGUAAAUGGCAGCAAUACUAAUGGCGUCGGCAUUCAGAACGGCUCGCAGAGCAACAUCUCCAGCGAGGUGCAUCACACUCCACCGCUGCCGAUUAACGCCGCGCCGAACAAGCCACCGCGAUUUGUCAUGAGCGCGUCCACGACGAAUCUGUCAAAGGUCGACAAUGCGAAGGACGAUGAGUGGGGUUUGAAACUCUACGGCAAACAGGCUAGCAGCGUUCCCAAGAGAUGGGACAGCAAACCGAAUCCUAAAAUCGUAGUGGAUGAGCCGCAAGAUAGCAAACGUGACGCUUCGCCGAUCCGUUCGCCAUCACCGGCGUUGAGAUUGAAUGAACCACCGGAACCGCCCAGUCCGGCGCCGAGGGAAAUCCUACAGCCGAAGAACAAGGACGAGAAGCUUGCCUUGAGUAAGGAGAAAUUACUGAAGGAGGACAAACUAAGAGACAAAAAGGAGGAUAAACGCAGCCCCAAGGAGGAGAAGCACGCGAAGAAGGACAAGAAGAGGGACAAGGAAAACAAGUUCAACAAUGAGAAUCACCUGUCUUCCGAAAGAAUCAUCAUCGGCGGCGAGGACGCGGGGAAAAACGCCGCGAACUCGAGGAGCCGCCUGCCGCACGAGGUCUUAAACCAGUUUGAAGGAAAGUCGAGAGAGGAUUUGAUAGAACUAGCGCUGCAUCUGCAGGCGCAAAUCACGGAGAAGAAUAAGAGACUCAGCGAUCUUGAAGAGUAUAUUGAUGCGUUACUAUUACGUGUGAUCGAGUGUUCACCGCGAUUACUUCAGAAUCCGUACAUGUCGCAAAGACGACUAUCAUCCCCCGGACAUCAGUAGAUUGAAUCAUCGACGACAAAGCUUCUCUAUUUCUACUAAGGGGCCACCACCCAUAACUCGCCUGUAUGUCUCCUCUUGACACUUUCUUAGUGAUACUUUCUUAGACAUGAUUGUGAGUAAGUGUAGUAAGUGGCUAUUAAACGUUGCCGCAUACUUUAAUUUAUUUUCUGCCUUGAGUUAUAACUUGAAAAGAUGGACGAGACGAUGUAUUCUCACAGUGGCGUUGCACAAAUACGCGUUUCCUCGUAUUUAUUUAUAAUAAGUAAAUUGUAAUUUAUUGAAACCCGGGUUAUUACCGACGCGAACAAAGGAUAGGAUGCAGAUGCCAAUUACUUUGGAAAAUUUAUCCCAUUUACCCUCUGUCUUCCCAGUAUACUAUAUCAUCAGAAAUAUCGAAAUAUCUUCGAAAAGUCGCGUAUCCGUUCACGGUUCAAAUCUCCGUCCAAAUAAUCUUUAUAGAGGAAUAAACGGACUCGACUGUAUCUGUUCAUUAUUGUCUGUCACAUUCUACGUGAUUUAUAGUAUACCUGUUUAACAAUUAUAAGAUAAGUAAAGUAAAAGAUAUCGUGAGAAGUUCUGCAAGAAAAAACUCAAGCGAGCCGAUGUUCCACUUAAGAAAAUAUGUGCCUUCCGUCUUACUUACGUAUUCACAUUAAAUUGGACCAUACCUUGUUAAUUAGAGAGCAUUAUUGUUAAAUAAAGAUAAUAUUAAAUGUUCAUCGUGGUAUAUACAAUAAACUAGUAAGAUUUUAUA